CAAAGAUGGCGGCCGCCAGUGUGAGAGCGCUGGCCCGGUUGAGUCGGCUUUCUCUCCCGCUGUACCGUUGCAGGCCGGGGAGCUUCUCGAAUCUGGUUCCGAGAGCACACCUGCACGGCCCGGGCAGGGCUUACGGAACCGGCGGCCCGGGGUUCCGUCCGAGACUCUGGAGCGGUCUGCCUUUGCGCGGCGGCGGGAGCAGAGCCGUGGGGUGCGCCUUCCUCCUGGGCGGCGGACUGGGCCUCAUCUACACCCUCAGAGGCUCCUUCCAGAGGCACCUGGCGGAGCAGAGGUCCGAUGAUCAGACCAGCGAGCUCAAGUUAACUCUGUACCAGUACAAAACCUGCCCGUUCUGCAGCAAGGUGCGAGCUUUCCUCGACUACCAUGGCCUCCCCUAUGAGAUCGUGGAGGUGAACCCCGUCAUGCGGCAGGAGAUCAAGUGGUCCGAGUACAGGAAAGUGCCCAUCGUGGUGCUCAACGGGACCGUGCAAAUCAAUGACUCUUCUGUAAUAAUCAGCGCUUUGAAGACUUACAUGAUCAGCAGGGAAAAGACAGUUCCUCAGAUUAUUAUCUGUUACCCAGAGCUUCGAUCCAAGAACGAGAAGGGGAAGGAGGUGGUUGAGUACAGCAACAAGUACUGGCUGAUGCUGACUGAGUCUGAAUCUAAGAAGUUGUACCCAGAGAAAGACUCCCAGAAGGAGGAGAUGAAGUGGCGUCAGUGGGCAGAUGACUGGCUGGUGCAUUUGAUCUCCCCCAACGUUUACCGCACCCCCAGCGAAGCCCUGGCCUCCUUCGACUACAUAGUGCGUGAGGGCAAAUUUGGGUCUUUGGAAGGUGUAUUUGCCAAGUACAUGGGGGCGGUUGCUAUGUACUUCAUCUCAAAGAGGCUGAAAAGCAGGCACAACUUGCAAGAUGAUGUUCGGCAGGACUUGUACAAAGCCGUGAACCAGUGGGUGUCGGCCAUUGGCAAAAAGAGAAAGUUCAUGGGUGGCAAUCAGCCCAACUUGGCAGAUCUAGCUGUGUAUGGCGUCCUGAGAGUGAUGGAGGGCCUCCAGGCCUUUGAGGACAUGAUGGAGAACACAAAGGUGAAGACCUGGUACGGGCGCAUGGACAAAGCUAUCCAGCUUCACGAGGGCAAAAUGUGAUGCAGCUACCGGUGCAGGAAAUGACGGGGCUGGUCUGGCAGCACUUACCGUGCACUUCGCUCAGAGAAAUUGCUGAAACUGACUUUCAAGGUGACAGCUUGCUAGGCCAAUGACUGUUUUUAGAAUCAGAACAUACGGCAAUUAGGAGGACCUGCUUGUGUUCCGCAAAAGCGAAUCCGUGGAUCUUAGUGGCCGACUCUUCCGUUUUACGGGAGUUUAGACCAGGGCUUUGCAAAACCAUCUUUGCUCUCUCGGAUGCCUCUAAUGACUUGAUUGAAUCAGUUAUGCUUCAUGGAAGUGUGUGUUCUCAAUCGGUUUUCAGUUUAACAAAACCAGCCUACAUCAUUACCCAUCUCUGAUUUUGGAUAAUUGUGGUACUUUGGUUUUAACACUGUAUCGGGGAGGGGGGAUAUUCUGUUUUAUUGUACUGUUUCACUUACUAUGCAGCUCUUUGUUCCUGGAGGUUCUAGAUGGCUACUGGGAGUUUGGUCUGUACAGAGGUAUUCUGGAAAUCUUCUGUGUUGCAGGAAGAUCUGUAACAGCUGAAUGUAUCCAAAGGUUGUUAAAUGAUGGACAGCUCAUUGUAUGCAGGUGUUUACUGAAGUAUUUGCACAGUAAUAUAACUCGAUUGCAAAACUAUUAGACAUUUUACUAAGAGACUUCCUCUGCAGGGUGGUGAGGGGAGAAAUAAGCAAGCGAUUAAAGUAAUCCCUUUCAACAUCUGAGGUAUAUCAGAUUUGUAAGCAGACCUGUUUCCAGAGAACAUUUUCCGUUUUGUUUUUUUUUUAGGCUUCAAACAUGAGGCUGUGAACUGACUGGUUAGUCAAACCUGCAUAUACAUCUCUCUUCAGGAGCAGGAUUUGGAACUCCAGCAUGAAACGGUUAUAAAAAAGAUGUCCAUUCUCUUGAAUUAUCUUUGGCGUAGUAAGCAUGCACAGUUUAGUGGCACCUACAAAGUCAAAUGCGUUUCAUGUGGGUUGCAGUGUAGCAGAAGUAUACAUUUGGUCUGAACAGUCUUUGUACAUUGUACAUGCUUAAGAAUGUGAUUCUUUAAAAAAAUAAAUAGAGAUGUAUAAAUGUGCAAUAAAACAAAAA